CGGGUAAAAACAAGCGAGGAUGUUGCGAACUAAUUUCAUAAUAGUGUUGGCAUUCACAGCAUAUUGCGUGCAAUCAGCUAAGGCGCAAAUAGCACUGGAUUUUGAAAAAUGUCGCUUUGGUGAUGCGGCUUGCAGCACAAAUGUCGCAAAUAUAAUACUGAAGAAAUAUGCGAAAACGGGUUUACGUGCAUUGAAUCUCAUACCUUUCGAUCCUUUGCAUAUUAAAUCGCUGACAUUUGACCAAAACCCAAAUAGCCCCAUAAAUAUCAGAUUGAACUUCAAGGAAAUAGAUAUUCUCGGUUUGGCGAAUGCAAACAACGUAAAAGUCGAAGGUUUGACGCGCGAUGUUAAAGGACCCAUUUUACUGGAAGGAACUCUACCGCAAGCAAUCAUUCGCGGUCCUUACCAAGGCAGCGGAACAAUUUUGGGUUUACCAUUCAAAGGCAAAGGCAACUGCGAGAUAGUGCUAAAAAAUAUAAAGCUUACUUCCAAAUUAAAUGGUAAGUUGGUGAAGAAGGCCGACGAUGAAUAUUUAUCGAUUGUUGAUGUAAGUUUGACGAUGUCGAAACCCGACAAUGUACACUUCCAAUUUGGUGGACUUUUUGAUGGCAACAAAGAUUUGGCAGAUACAGCAAAUAGUUUCGUCAACGAGAAUUGGCCAGAAAUUUAUGGAGAACUUCGACCAGCAAUGCAGAAAGCAUUUGCAUUGAUUGUUCAUGGAAUUACCAAUAAUGUAUUUAGUAAAAAUCCAUAUCCAAAGUUAUUCUUAGCAAAAUAAUUUUGUCAUAUCUGGAAAGGUUAAGUAUUAAGAUAUU